CCUGCAGAGGUUUAUUUGUCGAUGUUUUUACUUAUUUCCUAAACAAAAAUCUCAUAAUAUUUUGAGAUUUCUUUAUUAUUUUGAUAAAAUGGAUUAUGGUUGAUCAAAGUAUAAAACAAUGAAUUACAAUUUUCCUUAGCCAAGAAAGGAAAUAAAUUUCUAGAAUUUUGUAAAAUGAAUCAAGGCAGGGGUGCUAACUGUGAAAAUCGUAUUAUGUCGUCGUGCUUACCAUUGCUUUAUGCCAACAAAGAACCUAAGAUUCUUGAAACAAUGUCUUUGGAGGAAUUAGAUACGUUUCUUCCGUUCAUGAUAUUGUGCUCUUUGGGGCGUGAUGUUGAUAAAUCAAGCCAGGAAAUGGCCAUCGACAUAAUUGGAUGUCCAACUCCAGCCUGGUGGCCUGAAGACGUCCAGUUCAAGUUCCCACUCACAGAACAAAAUAGGUACACAAUAAUGAAGAGUCUCAUCUGUAGAUGCUACACUUUUUUUGACUGUGAAUACAUUCUCAAGUUCUCUGCUUCACUGGCGGAGUCGCCACCUGGCAGCUUAACUUAUGUGUACUCCGAUGAUGGAAAAUCAAUCAUGAUCAACAAUGCGGACGGAGUAAUGCUAGUGAAGUGCCGCAAGGAAAAUCUUCACUACGAUGACUGGGGCAAUUGUGCAAGACGGGGUGCCUCAAACAAAAGAUUUAUUCACCGCAGAAACAAGAGAAAUUUAAGGACCUAUUCAUCUUCAGAUGAAGAAACUGAAGUAAGCUUCAAGAACAAUCAACCGGGGCCCUCUUACAAAAGGAAGAGGGCGGAGGGAGAAGAUCGACCAUCCAAGCGGCAGGCUCGACGACGCUUCCAGGAUUUUCCACAAGAAGAUCCAGAACCCGAUAUGAUCGACCAGGAAUACUUUCUAUCCAAGUUUGAUAUGAUUCCGAAGAACAAAGAAACAGUAAAAGAACGAGUUUACCACAAGAUAGAUCACAAGAAGAGGUUGGCUCAUAGUUUCUCCGUUAUGAGUAUCACUUCUCAGCGUGGUCAGGAGCUGCUCAUGAAGAACAAACACUCCUUCAACUUGGAGUCCUGUCUCGACCGUAUUGAGCGCUAUUGCAAUACAAGUGACUUGCAGGAGGGUGAAGCUAACCAAGUCUGUACGAGAUCCAGUGUCCAAUUCUCUGCUAUGUUGAAACAAGAAGAAAGAAACAAACAAAGUGCAGGCAGAGAAGAAGAAAAGAUGGAUGUAAGUAAUGAAGAUGUGGUUAAGACUCCACAAGACGAAUACUACCACAAAUACAACUGGCCUCUUCGUACAAGAGGUCCUCGCAUCGUUUACAGAGGUCCAUCUAUUAAACCAUGCAGCGUUGCCCUUACUUUACUUUCAGAAGAAAAUAUUCUCUUUUGGACGAAAAGAAAACGAUCGGUUUCUACAAUGACACCGACGGGAUGGUCAGGAAGCAAAACAUCAAUUUGCUCCUGCCAGAGGAUUCCUCUAAUAAUCCUUGAUGACGAUGAAACACUUAAAUACAAAAAUAAAAGUAGUUCAACGCGAUGUACAUGUGUACCAUCUAAACGCCAAAUGAGUACGACUUUACAGUCGUUUUUGGAAGUGGUACCAAUCAAUUCACAGCCUAUAUCUAAGGCUCGUCACAGGAAUAACUCAGAAACUCUUUCUCACAGCAGUGGAAGUGUGGCCUCCAAUGUCUCCAGACCCGGACCGGCCUCCACUCGUUCUGUCAGUCAUUCUUUCUCUCGAAAUAAAGAAGGACUCGGUGUAAUAUCGUACUCCGUUCAAGCUUUACAUCAAGGAAAGCAAUCUCUAAACUUCAAGAGAGUUUUACAUCGUCAACCUCUUGCAGUCGUUCCGUCGACUCCGGUUGUAGUGGACAAAGAGGCUCAAGAUAUAUGUAGGGUCUCUUCUUGCCUUCCUGUUCACACAUCUUCCAUGAAGAUAAAUUUUUAUAGGAGUAUUUUGGAUGCCGUCAAAUGGUAUACAAAGGACGAUUCGAUUACAGAAACAGUGGAUAUACUGCAAGGCAGUUUUUUGGAGGACGAAAUAAUGGCAUCUGGUUUUGAUCGAUCGCAGGAGAAUAUCAGACCACUAACAGAAUUAUCUUUGCCGAACUCGAGCAAACAACCCGAUUACUUUAAAAUAAAUAUUAACAACACAGAACGAGAUCACUGUUUUAAAAAGUCGUCGACUAGCACCUCCAAACUAGUAACCCGUAGAGGGGAGCGCCUCUACGCUAAUAGAGAACCCUGUGCUUUUUGUUUUCAAGGCAGAGAUAACUUUUGCGUGUACGAAUUUAUUCGGCAGGCAAAGUUAGCAGGUAUAAGUCUAAAAAAAAGACAAAAACAACUGCAACACAUAUUUUUUAAAUUUAUUCAAUCUGAGAACCAGAAAUCCUAAUAGCUCUUUAUUUUUAUAACUCUGAUUAUGUACAUACUGUAUAUUGUUAUACAUAGUUUCAUAUAUAGAUAUAUAUGUAAUCUCAUUAAGUUAUUGUUGUAGAUUUUAAAAUACAGUUUCCCAGAUUUAGUUUUGUAUAUUAGAGUAAAGCCGUAUUACUUAUUUUGUUUGUCAAUGGGCAGUUUUCACUUUGAAAAUACAAAUUACCAUUGUAUGAGGAUUGGCCACCUCUGACUAACUGUGUAUAGUUCACAUUGAUUUCUGAAAAUAUCCUUCUGUGGUCACCAUCUAGGGUAUAAAUUAUUUCUGGAAUUUAUCAAAGUUCUGAUAAGUUGUUAGCUCCAUCUUGUAGCGUGCAUUAAUAUUUCAUGGGUGAUUGUUGUCCAUUAACAAAACAAAUAAUACAAAUAAAAAAGUAGUAAAACAACAAGAACCAAAAAUCAUAUUCUAUGAACAUAAUUUAUUUAUAUAAACACAACAGGUAACAAGGUUUUUUUAUGAUAGUUUGGUGGAGUAUAGCACGUAAUAAUUUAACUUAAAUACACUGUAUAUAUAAUUUUAUAUCUAAAUGAUAUUAUUUUAUUUAUUUAAAUAGACAUUUUCGAGUUAUUUAAAUUAAUUUAUAAUUAGUUUUUACGUUCAUGUCUAGCAUGUAAUUUAGUUAUCAUCUUUUUCCUGUACACAAAUAAUUUUUAUUUAGAUUUUUUUUAAAGAUUUUUAGUAACUGAUGUUUAUUUUGAAUACUGGGAAAGAUAUUUGUUUGAGUUUUCCGGACAAUCACAGCUACCUAUGUAGUAAAUAAAAAUGCACAUGAAUAUCAGGUGAAAAGCACAUUGAAUAAGUUCAAACCUGUACAGACCUGUCUUAUUCAGCAAUGCAGAUAUUAUCUUAAAACAAUUGUACUUAUCAACUACAAUGUACACAAAAAUAGGGAAUAAAAAGUUAUGAAUACAAAAUUUUGUAGAGUUAUAAAAUAUAAAAAUUAUUUUAGAUUUAAUUGAAUUUGGGCAUAUAAGUCAGCCAAUAUGGUUGUCAGCUUAGUUUGGUAUUGUUUUUGAAAAUUGUUAUUUUAAAUAAUAUUAAACAUUAACGAAGAGUUUUAAUGUCUUAAAAAGCAGUACAAAUUUGAUGAUCAGAAUUUGAUUCCAGGAAAAAUGUAUAUGAAGCGAAUAUUAACGUUGAUACUUGUUGAGAACAAUAUGGACUAAAACAACUGUCAUACAAUCCAGUUUUUUUUAUACUGUUACAAUUUACUAUCUAGAGCAAUGAAUUAAUUAAUUUGUAAUUACUAAGUUAGCUGUGUUGUGAAAAACACUAUAAAAGUUACGUAUGACUCAAAUUGAAAUAUUAUGGAAGCAACUUGCAAAAAAAAAAUAGAAAGAAAUAUUUUGUGACCCCAAACGUACUCUACGAGGUGCGUGGGGAGUUUUGUUAUUCUGUUCUAGCAUUUUUAUGAAUAAAUAUUUUCUGACUUCUGAGAGCACCAGACAUGAAUUUUUAAUUACACUUGCGUUGUUCUGUUUGUGUGCGUAAAAUUUAUCUUGCACUUGAACAAAACACAACAAUGGUAUUAUCAUUUGUUGCAUUUCGUUAACUAUUGAAGUGAAUUAUGUCUGAUUAAUUUUGUAUUAUGUCUACCAGUCCUUUUCAUGCACUUAAGUUUAAAGUCAGUCAUUUCGAUAAAGGGCUCCACUUCCAAUAAUCUGUGAUUAUUGACAUUCUACUGAACAUUUUAUCUAAGGUAUUGCAUUAUAAAUACGUUGGAUUAAAAUAUAUGUAUUUUUGUAAGCAGUAAAGUGAAUCACCAAAAUACUAAAUUUAAAUUGGUCGAGAAGACAAAACAAAAGAAAAUGAAAAGGCUCAAUAGUUUUCUUCAUUACUUAAGAUAUUUAAUUAAAGGUAUGAAUUUUUUAUGUGAAACAGUUAGAUUCUUUUUUUAAUUAUUUAGCAGCACCUAUUGAGUUAUAUAACUCCGCUACAGUGGACUAUAACUCCAACGCUAUCGAAGAAAUGGAGAUAGCCUUCUGUUCAAUCAACAUAGAUGAAGUAGAUUGAAGAAACUCCUGGUAAGUGAAAUUUAGCUUGUUUAUUAAAGUUUCUGUCUUCUACCUGCACUGAAGUACUUUUAUCCGUAAUUUUUAAGUUCCAUGUGUAGAUCUAUAGUAUUUGGAAAAUUUUUAUAUAGGGAAGUGGUCUCUCCCGUUAACAUAUUUCCAGAUUUUUAAAAUUGUAUAAUUAGACCGUAACUUAGUGUUGAUAUUCAAGAAAUAAUUGCAUUUAGUCCAGCUUCAAAAUAUGGUAUACAUAGUUUUAACUCUUUGAGUGCCAAGUAUUUAUAGAGUGGGUGUACUGAAAAGUGCCAGGUAUUUUUCUAGUGGGUGCACCUAAAAGUACCAGCCCUUUUUAAUUCAUUUUGCAAAGUUUCAGUAAAAACUUCACAGUUUGAUUAUUUAAUAGGCUAACAACAUAAUGUUUUUUAAUUUUCAUCUGGAAACUCUGCCUAAUUAACAUAAAUAACAAGGUUACCAUAAAAUUAAAUUUAGGAAUACCAAAAAUGGGCUUACCUAACAAAAUUCCAGAGUUAAUUUAAAUUUUUAUUUUUCAACUAAAUUAUCAUUACUAAAAAAUGUAUAUCCUUUUCUUUGUCCUUAUCACUGGAAAGGGUAUUCAAUUGUUUAUAAAUCUUGGGAAAUGUAUAUCAUUAUCUUCAAUAAUGAGUGAGUUAAAAAUAUUUUUAAGAAACUAAUGUUACAUUGUUUCCGGUAGCCAUGUCAACCAAAAAUGUUUAUAUGUGAGUUCUAGAUUGAUAAAGUCAAUUGAUCAGAAGUGUAGUUUAUUUUGAAAAGAACAGUUUUUCACGAACAAUUUAAUAUGAUAUUAGUUUAAAAAUAUAAAGUUUUCGAUUUUUAUUAAUUUUUUCCCCGAACGUCCGGUAAAAUCGGAUGUUGGCACUUUUCGGCCAACUUUUGACAUCCGGUAAAAUUGGACGUUGGCAUUCAAAGGGUUAAAGAAACCAUGUAGCCUAUAACGUUAACUGUUUGCUGUUAAGUUGGUUUUUAUUUCAUAAAAUGUCACUGUUUUAAAGAUAUCUUUUUCUAAAGACAUGAAAAUAAUGAAUUUUUAAAUUUUCAACACCAGUUGUCAGUCACAAAAUAUGAGUAAUAUAGGAAAAAUAAAAUGCUUUAGACUAAGAAGUCAGUUUGUUAAUGUUGAAAAAUCAUUUAGAAAGCUAGUAAAUAAAAUAAAUCUAAAGUCCAAAGCUUUUUGCUUAAAUAACCUAAAGAACAAUUAUGAUAAGUUUCUAUUGCUCUUUGAAACAAUCUGUAUAAAAUCAAUAUCAGUCUUAAGCCUGAAUUCUCAACCAUUCAGUGCAAUGUUAUAUUUUUAAAUACUCCACAUUAUACUCUGUUAUUUUUAAUUUCCAGCUCUUAAGAUGGUUAUUAUAGUGAAAAGACGACACAGCUUUAGUCAGGCAUGACAUGAAAUAGCCUGAUCUUCAUCACAAAUAGAUUCAAGAGCACAAUAUGUUCUAUAAUUAAACUAAAAUUUUUCAUUAAGUUAUAAGAAAUAAUUACAUUGUAUAAAAUUUGAUUGUUCUUGUCAAUUACGAGUGUCGUCAUAUCACAUCUGACAGCCAUGUAGAUUGUGAUACUAUUGUUACCAUUUGAAGUUUAAUCAUGCUAUGUAAAAUUAAAUAUUUUUAUUUUAUUUAAUCUUUCUGCAGGAGUUUUAAUUUUAGAUGUUUAGUUAAUACCAGUAUUUGCAAGUAACUGAACCUAAGUUUUACAUUGCUCUCUGUUUACCUUAGAUAUUACUAUGUUGAUUGAUGUUAAGAAAUAAUAUAUUUCAUAGAUGAUCAGUUUUUAACCCUUACCGAGUCAGGGUUCGGCUUGUGAAGUUGAAUAUUUUUGCGGUUAUAAUCAAUAAAUUACGGAUUUUUGGCAACAAAUACAAUUUCAAACAAAAUUUGAACCUUUGAAUCCCAAAUAACACUUGAACUUUUAAAAAUAAUAAGAAAAAUGAAAACAAAUACACUGUAAAAGUAUGUAAAUGGCUCAAAUUAAAUGCUAGCCAUACCUUGUUCUCAGAUUUGGACAUUACUAAUAUGGGCUCAAUAGCAGACAAUGAAAUCAUUUCCAUUUUAUACCCUCUCAACGUUUUUGUCUCUUGUUCGUAUAAUUUCAAUGACACAUACGUCAUAUAAACAUUUUAAACGAGAAUGAUUAAAAUGUGUUUUAAUUCUACAACUAUUAACACAUUCAAGACGGCGUGUACCCCGUCUGGUACACACAAUCUUUUACAACUGGGCUUACAUAAAGAGUGUUGUGCGCCCGAUGGGGUACAUGUUGCUAUACAUUUGAUAAUUGCGUUUUUAUUGUUUGCUUGUCUCGGUGGUUUGUUAAAUGUGCUCCCACUCUUAAAUAAAUACCUUAGACUAUCGUGUACUCCGUCGGGCGUACAAUUGCUUAAUUUUUAAGGUAAAUUAAUAUUUCAGGUUCGUUGAAUUAUGUCACCAUGUGUUAACUACUUCGGCUCGGUAAGGGUCAAGAAAGUUUCCAUUGCCAUUAAAAUCUAUAUUAUUGAUCGAAUUCCGUAUCAUCUGUAGAGAAUUCAGGACCUUAUCUGUUGGCAGCGGACUUAUCUUGCAAAAACUGGUUAUUACUUGACUUAAUUUCCUCUCAGUUGUUAGUAAUAAGUACUAUUAGUUUGUCUCGUUAUUUUUUAGUACAUAAUAACUUUGUCUCGUUAUUUUUUAGUACAUAAUAACUUUACAUUUUUAAGAGUUUUGUUAAAAUAAAUACUACUUUGUUAUAAUAUAUAUUAUUUUUCAUAUGAUGUAAUGAUCUACAUUUCAACAUAAACUAAGAGUUCUCUAAAAUGUACAAAUAAACAAAUGGGUAAGUUAUAUUUUAAGUGCAAUGAAGCUUACCUCUUAGUUUAAAAUAGAAUUUUUAAAAUGUUUAAAGAUAUAUUUGUGUUAGUUUUGUUCAAUAAUUUUGUUGUAACAAGAGAACUCGUGUUGAAAUGUUCAUUUUGUGAUACCAAUAUUUUUAUUAAUAAACACAAUGUUAAAUAAA